AUUUUCCUGGCGCGCCAUGCGCGUUUUCACUGUCUCCGGCCACGUUCUCGUGGACUUGGCAGAGAGAGAGGACUUCAGGGGACGCCCCACGCGGGCCUUGAAGGAGCACUGCAAGACUGUGAAUGGUGUGUCCAUCUACAGGCAGAGGCUCCUGCUGCACGAUCGAGACCUCGACGACGACGAAGUGCUAGCGCUGACGGCGCUGACUGCAGAUUUUCAGCUGCUGGUGCUGCCCUUCCACCAUGAUCCAAGCGAUCUUCAGGCCUUCCGUGCGGCAGUGCAGUGGGGCGACGCGCUGCAGGUGGAAUCGCUGCUGCGAAGGGCCAUCGAUCCCAAUCUUCCAGGCACGACGUCGUGUCAAGUCGCCGCCUUCCACGGCCAUGGCGACGUGCUGCGGAUCCUGUUGGCCGCCCAGGCUGAGCCCAACGCGGCGGAUGCCGAGGGCAAAACGGCGCUGCUCGUGGCAUCGAACAAGGGCUAUGUGGAACUUGUGCGUUCCCUCCUCGACGCCGACGCAGAUGCGAACCAAGCAAAUUGCAACGACAACACGCCGCUGUGGGUGGCAUCAUGGAAGGGCCACCUCGAAGUGGUUCGGUUAUUGCUGAAAGGGCGAGCAGAUCAGAACAAGGUGAAUCACAAUGUGGAAUCCGCUCUUUGGGUCGCCUCGGACAACGGCCAUGCGGAUGUGGUGCAGCUGCUGAUCAAGUGGAAAGCGCAGGUGGAUUCCUGUGAUCACCAGAAGACCAGUCCAUUGUGGGUCGCUGCGUGGAAAGGCCACGUGGACAUUGUGGUCGUCUUGUUACGAUCCAAGAAGGAUCCGCACCUGACGGAUCACGCCCAGGGCGCCACGCCCCUGUGGGUAGCGUCAAAACAUGGUAGGGUGGAGGUGGUGCGCUGCUUGAUGAAAGCAAAGGGAAAUCCUGACAAGGCCAACCGCGAGGGACGCUCGCCUCUGUGGGUGGCGUCGUAUUGGGGCCACCUCCAUGUGCUUCUGCUCCUGUUGCUGCAACGUCUUCAUGGCAACCUUCGGAACGUGGUUGGAGAUUGUUUGUGCUGAACGUCUCAGUUGCCGUCCACGUCUCGCUUUCGAAAA